AUGUUUCGUUGCAUUGUCAAUGGAGGCUAUUUUCCCCAUGUCGCGUCCGGUCGACUUGUUCAUGCCAGCAACAAGAUCAUUGAUUUUGUACGAGCAAACGACAGUUUCCGCAAGUUGUACUUCGGAGCUGACCGUGAAAACGUCGACAACAAUGAGCACAAGGUGACUCUUAAGCGAGGCGUCAGCGGUCUCUUUAGGAUCAGAAAGAGCAGUGGGUGUCAAGAUGUCUUGGCUGAAAUUACAAGUUUGAACAAGCAUACAGGAGCAGUGUACUUCAAAUUGUUUAAGCCCGUAAUCACUCCGUACCCCACCGUUGACUUCUCUCGUUUAUCCUCUGCAUAUACAACGAACUUUUCCACGUCCAUUUAUACGAACACCAGUAAGGAUGAUGCUGCCAAUGUCAGAUUAAGGCGCUCAGGAACCAGUACGUUGGAGGUACAUCUUUCAGAGAUAAGUCUCUUGGAAGCAUUGGACAUCCAAGUUCAAGCUACUGGUCAACAAGAGCGCAUCAUCAACAUUGGCAAGUUCGGUUCGCUGUGGAGGCUUUUGGUGUUGGCUCCGGAAGAAGUCUCGUCGUUGUGA